AUGCCCGGUACCCCCACGACCAAACUCAAGGACCUCAAGAACUGCAUCGAGGCGCAGCAAUUCGACGCGGAGAUGCUCAAGGAGCUCUUCGUCGUCGCCGACGCGAUGGCCGAGGUCAAGCCCGGAUCGCCCGAGUCCCGGAUGCUCCAGGGCUUUAACAUGGCCACCCUGUUCUACGAACCCUCGACGCGCACCCGCCUCUCCUUCGAGGGCGCCAUGGGCAAGCUCGGCGGCGGGAUCCUGUCCACCGAAUCCGCGGGCGAGUACUCCAGCGCGGCGAAGGGCGAGACCCUGGAAGACACCAUCCGCACGGUGGAGGGAUACGCGGACAUCAUCGUGCUGCGGCACUUCAGCGCCGGCGCCGCGCGAAGGGCGGCGAACGCGGCGGACACUCCCGUCAUAAACGCGGGCGAUGGACCCGGGCAACACCCCACUCAGGCGCUGCUCGACACCUACACCAUCUACAACGAGCUCGGGCGGCUCGAGAACCUCAAGAUCGGCCUCGUCGGCGACCUCGCCAACGGCCGCACCGUUCGCUCGCUGGCGUCCAUGAUGACCAACUUCGCGGACGUGUCGUUUUAUUUCAUCGCGCCGGACGUCGUCAAGAUGGGCCAGGACAUUAAAGACGAGCUGGACGAGAAGGGGAUCAGGUGGGAGGAAUCCGAGGACCUGCUCGGGGUGGCGUCCGAGGUUGACGUACUGUACCAGACGCGCAUCCAGAAGGAACGGUUCGGCGACAGGCUGGACGAGUACGAGGCGUGUCGGGGCAUCUACACCGUGGACCGCGCGGUGAUGGACGCCAUGCGGAGGGACGCCAUCGUCAUGCACCCGCUCCCGCGGCUCGACGAGAUCACCACGGAGGUGGACUCCGACCCGAGGGCGGCGUACUUCAGGCAGGCGAGGAACGGGCUGUACGUCCGCAUGGCGCUGCUCAAGGUUCUGCUCAAGGUUUGA